UCCUUCACCUUCCUCCACACGACUUGGACAUGUGUGUGGGCGAUCUACCAAAAGGGAAUUCCCACAUCAAAGAGUACGUGAGGGCUGGAAACUGGAUCUUGUCAUUUCAGUUUUCUCUGGGAAUGACACCCUGAAGCAUCGGAAAUAUACGCUCCAUGAGCCUCGCAGUAUGAUCGUUGUGUGAUUCUAAAAACAGAGGCGCUUCCAGCAUGUCCUGUGUGUGGUUAUGUUUGAAUCUGCUCUGCGCUGCUACCUUUCUACAAAGCAGUGCCUCGUCAGAAGGAGUGUCGGUGCUGUGCCACAAAACAGUGGAAGAUGAAGCUGGACAAUCUUUGAUAAUUAACUGUUCUAUACAUUACAUUGGCGUGUCAGGCUGUAAAAUGGUUAAAUCAGAGCUGAAGACAAAUAGCAACGUAACACAUAGCAUCACUGAAGGUCUCAAUUUCGUGUUGCUGAAUGUCUCAAAUGUCAUCAAAGCGGAUAACUGGACGGUCGAAGUAAGCACAGACUGUGGUCUGGCCAAAUCACUUCCUAUCGAAGUUAAAGUCUCCAAUCCUCCACCUGAACCGGCAAAGCAGCAUCCUGACCGGGACACCACGGCUCCUAUUAUAUCGGGUGUUUGUGUUCUCCUCCCUAUUGCCAUGUCCUUGUUGUUCCUGUUUGGAACUGGCAGAGGCAGAAAAUUCCUCAAACACAUAAAGAGAUGUGAAAAGAUUCAGGGAGACUACACUCACUCUUCAUUGUCGAAUGUCGAAUGCUGAAAUGUAACAAAUAUGAUAUCCGCACGGCAUGUUAUGUAAAAAGUAUUGUCAUAUAUCAUAAUUUAUUUACCUUUUUUUUAUUUGUAUCAGUUACUUCUUCAGUAAUCUUUGAGGUCUUUAUACAGAUUGAUCCAUGUGAAAAUAUGUUUUGAUUCUUGUGCAGAUUCAUUCGGGUCAAUUUGAUGAUUGUCUUUGAUUAAAGGGACACCACUUAUUUUACAGAUAAAAUGCAGUCUCCUCACUGUGAAGAGAGUUUUAGAUAAACAGUGGUAUCAUAGCUUCUGUUCUUAAAAGGAGCUUUUUGAGCUGUGUGUCAGUUAUGGUGCAGGUUCACCCAGCCACUUUGCAUGAAACAGUUAUGGGUAAUGGAACAUGUCUUUAAAUUAGAAGCAGUCAGCAACAAGCACUUCCUCACCUUUGAUACGAUGCAGCACACACACACACACACACACACACACACACACACACACACACACACACACACACACACACACACACACACACACACACACACACACACACACACACACACACACACACACACACACAGAAGAGGUAGCAUCACAUUUCCGCUGUACACCACACUGAUCUUUGAGACAGUCAGCCUGUCAGUCGGUCAAAAAACUGCAUCUUGUUCUGAGUCUGUGGCAGGAUGAAAGCUCAUUGGUGGAGCUGUGUGUUGGGAUUAUUUCUCUGCAUGCCUGCUUGGGUAACACUCCACACCCGGACAGUUUCUCAGAGGCCCAUGUCCAUCGUUGUAGUGAGAGGAAAGUCGUCUGUCGAGAUUUCGUGCUCCACAUCGUUCUCUGACCCAAUUGGGCUCUACCUGCGCAGGAAAUUCCUUGGUGAUAGAAUCCUUUUGCACCUCGCCCUGGAAGAUGGAUUGGUCACCAAGAAUACUACAGCUGCAGAAUUUAGGGGCCAACUCAAUGUCACUCUAGAGCGGCAGGUCAAGGUGGGCUAUGAGUUCACCAUGUGGCUGUCUGAGCUGGAGCUGGAUGACACCAACUUGUAUUACUGCACCUGGAGUCGCUUCGAAUCAGAGAAAAGGACACUAAAAAAUCAGACCAGCAUUGGCACCAUCAUCAUUGUCCAAGAGACGGAUCCCCAGGAACAGUGCAAAGACCAAAUGUUUGUUCUCACCUGGAUUUUCUUGAGUGUGGCGGUGAUCGUUAUCUUGUUUCUUGUCAUUGGAGCACUGAUCUUCAGAUGCAAACGAUUUAGAAAGGACUUCAGACCUGACAGCCCUCAGCACGUCCACCCUCAGCAAAGAGUUCAGAACAAUCCCUACUUGAUCACAUCAGAAAAUACACUGGACUUCAGGGGAAUCCUGUAGUCCUGCCAGUUUGUGCAAAGGUAAAGAUAAGAUAUGGCGCUUUGGGAAAACUUCAACUGUCAAGUAUGCUGUAGAUGUAUCACACAGUUGGUUUGUUGCACACCACUGAGACGUCUUUCGUACUCCUCUCGUGUUCUGCUUUUCUUUUCCUUUUUUACACAAAUACGUUUUAUUUGCAGAAACGUGAGUGAGCUACCACUUCCUGGGUGAUGUGUGGUGUACAGAAGUGACGCAUGUGAUUCGUAGUGUAGAAGGCUGCAGAGCGAGCUUUUUUUUUCAGUAUCAUGUGGCGCAACACGUUUGCUUGACUUUUAUAGUUUUGAUAAAUGUAGGUAUUUGUUUCCCUUGUGUCUCAUGAAUAGGUUUUGAACACUGAAACAAAUGUGAAAUGCAGUUUUCUGUCUGACUUGAUAUGUGCAUUAAAUUUAAACUUUUUUCCCA